AUGGAAUAUAACGAUUUCAUCGACGACUCUGAGCCUGGGUUGCCAGAAGAAAAACAAUAUGAUACUCUUCCGGUUCGGCUUCGAGAUAUGCGGGAAGCCUCCAGUGCAGAAACUCUCGCUUUCUACCAUGCUGGUAGCCCAUCAGCACCUAGCAAGAGUACCGAAUGGAGUAUGACACCCCAGGUUAUUCAACAACAAGAGCGUGAAACCGCAGCAGGCUUCAAGAGACGCGAGCUCGGUGUCACCUGGGAAAACCUCACAGUAGAGGUCCCCGCUGCUUCGGCGGCCGUCAAAGAGAACCAGUUCUCUCAAUACAACAUACCUCAGCUCAUCAAAGACUGGCGCCAGAAGCCACCAAUGAAAUGCAUUUUGAAGGACAGUCAUGGUUGUGUGAAGCCAGGAGAAAUGCUACUGGUCCUUGGCCGCCCUGGAUCCGGAUGUACCACUCUCCUCAAAAUGCUUUCCAACCGUCUUGAAGGAUAUCAUACAAUUAAAGGCGAUGUGCGGUUUGGAAACAUGACUGGACAAGAAGCCGCUCAGUAUCGAGCCCAGAUUGUGAUGAAUACAGAAGAGGAGCUCUUCUACCCUCGGCUGACGGUUGGCCAGACAAUGGACUUUGCCACUAAACUGAAAGUCCCUUCACAUCUCCCAGACGGGGCCAAUUCGGACGAGGAUUAUGUGGCCGAGACGAAACAGUUUCUUCUGGAGUCCAUGGGAAUUGCGCAUACAUUCGAGACCAAGGUCGGAAAUGAGUUUGUUCGAGGUGUGUCCGGCGGUGAGCGGAAACGCGUAUCGAUUAUCGAAUGUCUCGCUACCCGAGGAUCAGUCUUCUGCUGGGAUAACAGUACGCGUGGCCUUGACGCAAGUACGGCAUUGGAGUGGGCCAAGGCUCUUCGGGCCAUGACCAACAUCCAGGGGCUUUCGACUAUCGUCACCCUCUACCAAGCAGGAAACGGCAUCUAUAAUCUUUUUGAUAAAGUUUUGGUUCUGGACGAGGGGAAACAGAUAUUUUAUGGCCCUUCUGCCGCAGCGAAGCCGUUCAUGGAAGAUCUUGGGUUCGUGUAUACCGAAGGUGCUAAUAUUGGUGAUUUUCUGACCGGUGUAACCGUGCCUACUGAGCGAAAGAUUCGGCCGGGCUUUGAAAAAAAGUUUCCAAGAAAUGCCGAUGCCAUUUUGGCAGAAUACAAGCAAUCUUCAAUUUAUAGCUCUAUGGCGUCAGAGUACAACUACCCCAACACCGAUGUUGCCCGCGACCGAACUCAAUCAUUCAAAGAAUCAAUUGCCUUUGAGAAGAAUAAACAUUUGCCGAAGAACACCGCUCUCACGACCAGCUUCAUGUCGCAACUCAAGGCGUGCACUAUCCGUCAAUAUCAGAUUCUGUGGGGUGAGAAAUCGACUUUUUUGAUCAAACAGGUCCUGUCACUUGCUAUGUCUCUGAUUGCCGGAGCCUGCUUUUAUAACUCCCCUGCUACCUCUGCCGGUCUUUUUACCAAAGGUGGCGCUGUCUUCUUCUCCCUGUUGUAUAAUUGUAUUGUUGCUAUGUCUGAGGUUACAGAGUCAUUCAAGGGUCGACCAGUCUUGGUGAAACACAAGUCCUUCGGAUUCUAUCAUCCUGCUGCCUUCUGCCUGGCGCAAAUUACUGCAGAUUUCCCCGUUUUGUUAUUACAAUGCACGAUUUUCGCUGUUGUUAUAUACUGGAUGGCCGGACUCAAGGCCACCGCCGCAGCAUUCUUUACUUUCUGGGCUAUUCUAUUCAUAACUACACUGUGUAUUACAACUUUAUUUAGAUGCAUUGGCGCCGCAUUCAGCACUUUUGAGGCCGCUUCUAAGAUCUCUGGUACAGCUAUUAAGGGAAUUGUCAUGUACGCUGGAUAUAUGAUCCCGAAACCUAAGAUGAAGAAUUGGUUCAUAGAGCUGUACUAUACCAACCCAUUUGCCUACGCAUUCCAGGCAGCCCUGUCGAAUGAAUUCCAUGACCAACAUAUCCCCUGUGUUGGCAACAAUCUUGUCCCCAGUGGACCGGGGUACGAGAAUGUUGAUUCCGCCAACAGGGCUUGUACCGGAGUCGGCGGCGCUUUACCCGGUGCAGAUUAUGUCACUGGCGACCAGUACCUUGCCUCACUGCAUUACAAGCAUUCUCAGCUCUGGAGGAACUAUGGUGUGGUAUGGGGCUGGUGGGGUUUUUUUGCAGUCAUCACCAUCGUCUGCACAUGCUUUUGGAAAGCUGGCGGUGGCGGUGGAGCUUCACUGCUGAUACCUCGCGAAAAGCUCACCAAGUAUCACGCCCCCUUAGACGAGGAGUCCCAAAAUACAGAGCAACCGAGAGAUGCUACCUCUAGUAAUGCCAUGGAGCAGGGAGAUGACAAUUUGUCCCGCAACACCUCGAUCUUUACCUGGAAGAACCUGACGUAUACUGUCAAAACACCAUCAGGUGAUCGUGUGCUCCUGGAUAACAUUCACGGAUGGGUUAAACCAGGCAUGCUUGGAGCACUGAUGGGUUCCUCUGGCGCAGGUAAGACUACGUUGCUCGAUGUCCUCGCCCAGCGGAAAACAGACGGCACUAUCAAGGGUAGUAUAUUGGUUGAUGGCCGCCCUCUACCCGUUUCCUUUCAAAGAAUGGCUGGGUAUUGUGAGCAAUUAGAUGUCCAUGAACCAUUUGCCACAGUCCGCGAAGCUCUUGAAUUUUCUGCCUUAUUACGCCAGCCGCGAACUAUUCCGAAGGAGGAAAAACUCAAGUAUGUGGAAACCAUUAUCAACCUUCUGGAACUCCACGAUUUAGCAGAUACGCUUAUUGGCACUGUUGGAAAUGGCCUCAGCGUAGAGCAAAGAAAACGUGUUACAAUUGGUGUUGAACUAGUGUCUAAACCAAGUAUCUUGAUUUUUCUUGACGAACCUACGUCUGGUCUAGAUGGACAGUCAGCAUACAAUACUGUUCGUUUUCUGCGGAAAUUAGCCGAUGUUGGCCAAGCUGUUUUAGUGACAAUUCAUCAACCCUCGGCUCAAUUAUUUGCACAGUUCGAUACUCUUCUGCUUUUAGCACGUGGAGGCAAAACGGUCUACUUUGGGGAUAUCGGCGAUAAUGCGGCGACUAUUAAGAAGUAUUUCGGACACCACGGGGCUGUAUGUCCUAUCGAGGCCAAUCCUGCCGAAUUCAUGAUUGAUGUGGUCACUGGUGGUAUAGAAAGUGUCAAGGACAAGGACUGGCAUCAAACCUGGCUCGAAUCUUCCGAAUAUAGUCAAAUGAUGACUGAACUUGACAACAUGAUCUCUGAAGCCGCCGCCAAACCCCCUGGAACUGUUGAUGACGGCUAUGAAUUUUCAAUGCCGCUAUGGGAACAAGUCAAGAUUGUCACACAGAGAAUGAACGUUGCCCUAUUCCGAAACACCAAUUAUGUUAAUAAUAAAUUCUCAUUGCACGUCAUAUCUGCAUUGUUGAAUGGAUUCUCAUUCUGGCGAGUUGGUCAUAGCGUAUCUGACCUAGAGCUCAAAAUGUUUACAAUUUUCAACUUCGUCUUCGUCGCUCCUGGCGUUAUCAAUCAGCUUCAGCCACUAUUUAUCCAGAGACGCGACAUCUAUGAUGCGCGUGAGAAAAAAUCCAAGAUGUACUCCUGGGUAUCUUUUGUUAUUGGCCUAAUUGUGUCCGAGUUUCCCUAUCUCUGCGUAUGCGCUGUUCUCUAUUUCGCCUGCUGGUACUAUACGGCGCGACUAAAUGACAAUUCGAACCGCUCCGGAGCCACCUUUUUUAUCAUGCUUAUAUAUGAAUUCAUCUAUACAGGGAUUGGCCAAUUCGUUGCCGCCUAUGCACCCAACCCCACGUUCGCAGCUUUAGUGAACCCCCUCAUCAUCUGUAUAUUAACCCUCUUUUGCGGCAUCUUUGUGCCUUAUAGACAGUUGAAUGUCUUCUGGAAAUACUGGCUAUACUGGUUGAACCCUUUCAAUUACGUUGUAUCGGGUAUGCUGACUUUCGGCAUCUGGGGUUCCAAGGUUGUCUGCAAGGAGGAAGAAUUCGCUAUCUUUGACCCAGCUAAUGGAACCUGCGCCGAAUAUCUCCGGGAUUAUAUGGCCGGAGAUGGUUGGCGGAGCAAUCUGACGAAUCCAGACGCUACAUCAGGCUGCCGAGUCUGCGAGUUUAAGAAUGGGGGUGAUUUUUUGACGACACUUAACAUCAACCAUUACUUGUACGGCUGGAGAGAUGCGGGAAUCUCGGUGAUCUUCGCGAUUUCUGGAUACGCAUUGGUGUUUGGAAUGAUGAAGCUUCGAACGAAAGCGUCUAAGAAGGCUGAGUAA